CAGAAUUCGAACAAAAUUCCAUGUUCAUCGGGUUUGGUAUCAAAAGAAAUUCGAUAACAUUUAAAAAAAAUUUCAUAUCGAAUUUUGUUCGCCCAAAUUACCCGAUACUAACUUGCACUGACAAAGAUCGUGACCUAAAUACUGUAGAUACGACCUUGCUAUUCGUGAUAAGAAGAUAAUCUUUCUGCAAAUUAUUCAUAUUAAGCAAUGAUGGAGAACAAGUCGGUCGCAAUUAUUGGUGGAGGUCUCGUAGGAUCUUUAGCGUCUUGUUUUUUGGGUAAUCGUGGAAUUAAAGUGGAUUUAUAUGAACAAAGGAAGGAUAUUAGAACUUUGGAACAUGUCACAGGAAGAAGUAUCAAUUUAGCUUUGUCUGUUAGAGGUCGAUCAGCUUUGAAAGCUGUAGGAUUAGAAGAAGAAAUCAUCGAAAGACAUGCCAUUCCUAUGUACGGACGUAUGAUUCACGAUAAAGAUGGAAGAAGAAAACCUAUUUUCUAUGGAAAGAAUAAUCAAUGUAUAUUCUCGGUCGGUCGCCGUCACUUAAAUGAAGUUUUGUUGACAGCGGCCGAAGCACAUCCAAAUGUAAAUAUUCAUUUCCAGCAUAAAUUAACUUCAUUGGAUUUAGAUAAAGGUGAGAUGAUUUUUUCAGUCCCAAAUAAUUCUGUUUCUUCGAAUGCCGAUUGGAUCAUCGGUUGCGACGGUGCUUAUUCUGCAGUUCGCAGAAGUAUGCUCAAACAACCACUCUUCAACUAUAGCCAAGAAUAUAUCUCACAUGGAUAUAUGGAACUCACAAUUCCACCUAACGAACAUGGAGAGUUUGCCAUGGAAGUCAAUUAUUUGCAUAUUUGGCCUAGAAAGACUUUCAUGUUAAUUGCAUUACCUAAUCAAGACUGUACUUACACGGUUACUCUUUUUAUGCCUUUCGAGAGAUUCGCAGAGUUAUCUACUCCUACAAAACUAUUAGAUUUUUUCAAUAAUUAUUUCCCAGAUGCUGUUAAAUUAAUUGGCAAAGAUAAACUGAUUACAGAUUACUUUCAAAAUAAAGCCUCUCCUCUUGUUACAGUAAAAUGUCGGCCAUAUUAUUUUGGUAAAGCUAUGUUGAUGGGUGACGCCGCUCACGCUAUGGUGCCUUUCUAUGGACAAGGCAUGAAUGCGGGAUUCGAAGAUUGUCUAAUUUUUGACGAAUUAUUAACUAAGCAUUCUAAUAAUUUCGAUAUAGCCAUUUCGGAAUUUUCAGAAAACAGGCAGCCGGAUGCAGUUGCUAUUUGUGAUCUAGCGGUUUAUAAUUAUAAAGAAAUGAGAGAUUUAGUUAAUUCUAAACUAUUUAUUGCCAGAAAGUAUUUGGAUAAUGUAUUAAAUGAUAUAUUCCCAGAUAAAUGGGUACCUCUUUAUAGUAGUGUAUCAUUCACGAGAAUGAAAUAUAGCGAAUGCAUUAAAAAUAAAAAAUGGCAAGAUAAAAUAAUUAAGAGAAGUAUUUCUAUAUUCGCAUUGCUCAUAUUAGUCUUGUACAUAUUUUUAUUUUAAUUGCAUAAUAAAAUAUCUC